AUGACGGUAGCUGAGUUCGAUGAUAUUGAGUAUGAGGGUGUUGGAGGACAUAGUCACAUCGACGUACGAAGUGAGCGAUGCUUCCGUGACCAUUCCCCCGGCGACACCGUCAUUAGCUUGAGUGAUGAUGGACAAAUGCUUUACACUUGUCCUAUCCCUUCCUUUCAAGCCUUAUCUCAGAGUCACCCGAGGCCAGACCUGAGUCCUCAGCAAACGCAAUCUCAUAGGCGCCAUGAUAGUGUUACUGAGACCGACAACCCGGAUGGUUCAAGCAUAUUGAACUGUGAUACCCUCAUCGCUAUGCAACAACAUGCACAACCAAGCUCGGUACGCGAGCUAUCACCCCUAACAAGAUAUCGGCACGACCCACAGGGGCAUGAGAGGCUCGUCCUAGGAAUGAAAGCCGAAGCCCUGGGAUCACAUCUUGAAAUAGAGAGCCCUCCACCGUGUCCCAAGAAAGCGAACGGAGUAUCGAAAUGUACCAAAACUUCAAUAAUAUCAUCGUUACACCUAAGCCCGGCGCCACACCAAACCCCAAGCGCGAGCCUUAUUCCGUCGAUGGAUCCCGAAACUUCGUCGGCUGCUGAGCAACUCUGUGGGCUGUUAAGCGUUAUCGAGACUUCGGGGUGGGAUGAAGAGGUAUCCCCGGAAGAGCAAGCCGAGUAUCUGCGGAGAACGUACGUAUGCCCCCCUUCCCUUCCUUUAUCCAGCUUAGCCAACGACGUAAGGAAAUCAGCUAAGAUGCCGGUGUCAAGUACGAAGCUGAAGCGACGGGUCCAGUCCGAGACGAACCCGAGAGAGAUAAAACCGCCCAAGGUUCGCAAGCGGAGUCGGCAGACUAGCAAAGACAGGCAGUCAUCGUCAACCUAA